AAGGAAGACGAAAAAAAAAGGAAAAGAGUCCCACAGCGACACGGUGAGGCGGGCGGGAGUUAAACGAGCAACCGUCCUGGUUGCCAACUGGCUGGCUGGCUGGCUGGCUGGCUGGCUGCUAGCUCGGCUAACGUUAGCCCGACUGCCAAGCGAGCGCGUCUCAGACGGACGGACACGUCGACCCGUGUGCACGCCGCGUGCAGUCACUGGAUACCGGGCGCAAGUUCAGAGCCUCCGCUGCCACUUGGGGGAAGAAAUGCUAGCAACGAAUAAGCGUCUAACCUCCGCGAACUGACACACACACACACACAAAAAAAGCUCCCAAUCCAGCCAUGUUCGGCACCGAGUCGUCAUUAAGCAUGUUUCUCAACACCCUGACACCCAAGUUCUAUGUGGCUCUGACGGGCACCUCCUCCCUCAUUUCAGGACUCAUUUUGAUCUUCGAGUGGUGGUACUUCAGGAAAUACGGCACCUCCUUCAUCGAGCAGGUGUCGGUGAGCCACCUGCGUCCCCUGCUGGGCGGGGUGGACAGCAACUCCCCCAGCAGCUCCAACGCCAGCAACGGCGAGGCCGACUCCAGUCGCCAAAGCGUGUCAGAAUGCAAAGUUUGGAGGAACCCGUUGAAUUUAUUCAGAGGAGCCGAGUACAAUCGGUACACGUGGGUAACGGGGAGAGAGCCGCUGACGUACUACGACAUGAACCUGUCGGCGCAAGACCACCAAACCUUCUUCACCUGUGACUCGGACCACUUGCGGCCUGCCGACGCCAUCAUGCAGAAGGCGUGGAGGGAGAGAAACCCGCAAGCUCGCAUUUCGGCCGCACAUGAAGCUCUGGAACUAGAAGAUUGCGCGACAGCGUACAUCCUGCUGGCCGAGGAGGAGGCCACAACCAUCAUGGAGGCCGAGCGCUUGUUCAAGCAGGCGCUGAAGGCCGGUGAGGGAUGCUACCGCCGCACCCAGCAGCUACAGCACCACGGCACGCAGUACGAGGCUCAGCAUAGAAGAGACACUAAUGUGUUAGUGUACAUAAAAAGGAGGCUGGCCAUGUGCUCCAGAAAGCUUGGUCGGACGAGAGAGGCGGUGAAAAUGAUGAGGGAUUUGUGUGUUUUCCAGUUAAUGAAGGAGUUCCCUCUCCUCAGUAUGUUCAACAUCCACGAAAACUUGCUGGAGUCGCUGCUGGAGCUGCAAAACUACGCCGACGUCCAGGCCGUACUGGCCAAGUACGACGAUAUUAGCUUACCUAAAUCUGCAACAAUAUGCUAUACAGCAGCGUUACUCAAAGCCAGAGCAGUGUCAGACAAAUUCUCUCCAGAAGCAGCGUCCAGACGAGGUUUGAGCACCGCAGAAAUGAAUGCAGUAGAGGCAAUUCACAGAGCGGUGGAGUUCAACCCUCAUGUCCCCAAAUACCUUCUGGAGAUGAAGAGUCUGAUCCUUCCUCCGGAGCACAUCCUAAAACGAGGGGACAGCGAGGCCAUCGCGUACGCCUUCUUCCACCUGCAGCACUGGAAGCGCGUAGAGGGAGCGCUCAAUCUGCUGCACUGCACCUGGGAGGGCACCUUCAGAAUGAUCCCGUAUCCUUUGGAGAAGGGUCAUCUCUUCUAUCCCUAUCCCAUCUGCACAGAGACAGCAGACAGAGAGCUGCUACCCACAGUGUUCCACGAGGUGUCGGUGUACCCCAAGAAGGAGCUCCCCUUCUUCAUCCUAUUCACGGCCGGGCUCUGCUCCUUCACCGCCAUGCUGGCUCUGCUCACGCAUCAGUUCCCGGAACUCAUGGGUGUCUUCGCCAAAGCGUUCCUGAGCACGCUCUUCGCGCCGCUCAACUUCAUCAUGGAGAAGGUGGAGAGCAUCCUGCCGUCCAGCCUCUGGCACCAGCUCACGCGCAUCUGACAAACUUGACUGAUUUUGUUUUGGGUUUUUUUUGUUUUAUUUUGUUUUUUGAUUAUUUAAAAUGUUUCUUUGUUGUAUAAAACAAGAUGCCAUCAUUAAAAAAAGAAGA